AUUCGAUGGAGCCAUCCGCUUCCCCAUUGGAGAUAGCAUGGCGAGCUGCGAGGGCUCUCACGGACAAGGCAGCAGCGAUUGAGGGACCGCAGCAGCAGCAGGAGCCCUCCGCUAGAUCGCCCUCUUCAUCUUCGACAAGCUCACCGCUGGACCGGGUGCUAAGCCAACGCCUAGCAGCUUGUGAUGCACAGCUGAGCAGGUUGGGGAUCAGCCUGCCAUCUCGUCAUCAUGAACGCGACGACGUGCAUGUAGCAACAGCUCGAGCUGCUCUCCUUUGCCUCGCACUGCUACAGCGCUAUCUCCUAGCUCAAGAGGACGAAGCGACCACAAGCAUAGGUGCGCGAAAUCGCAAGACGUUGGAUACGCUCUGCUCCCUCUCCUCGCAAUGGGGCCUUGCCCCCGCCAUUCUAACCUACGACGCUCACGCUCAUUCGGAGCAGCAGCAUGCAUGCGGUCCCGCUUCCGCUCGUCUGGCAAGCCUCUUCUCCCUAGCAGUGGAACCCACGACAUCCCUCUCCGGCGUGGUACCGCAUCGCAUCCUCUCCACUCCGCUGGGGCAAGACAUCCUGGGAAGUGCGCUGCGCCUGACAUUUGGACCCAAAACUAAGACGCCCGCUGCGACGUCAGCGAGUACUCUCCUCUCAUCUUGGAUGAAGGGACUCCCACCCUCCCUCCUCCUCCCGCUACUUAGCGCUCAACUAUCCCGCCCCACCUCAUCCGACGGACCUAGCAUCCCCAUCCCGCCCUUCGUCCGCUCUACAGCACGACGACUCCUCUCCGGCCAAUUGUUGCGGCCAGGCGGGGCCAUGGCACUCAUCGCGGGUGUGGUGGGACAGACGGAUGGGGCCGGGGCUACAUUGGACGGGAGGGCGCUGGAUACUUUGGCCGACCUGAUCCUCACGCCUCCUAUGGGGUUCGAGAGGUUAAAAUACCUGAAAGAGCAUGCCUUGGCUGCACUGCUGCCUUUAGUCACUGGUGGAGAAGGAGGACGAAGUGCGGGAGGCGCCACACACCCCGGAUACGCAAGUGCUGCGGCGUACGUGCUUGCGAGGUUCCAACUGAAAGGGAAAGAAGAGGAGACCUCCCUAUUGACCGAACAGCUACAUUCGAUCAUCUGGGAGCCAAUCGCUCGCUCAGGUCCUCCCCUAUCCUCUCUAGGUGGCCAUUCAAUCAUCCUCACUGCGGGAAAGGACAUACAUGCCGCCCUCGAUACGCUGGAGCUCCUCAGCCUCUCCUCCCCGCCAGGAGGAUCAGGAUGGGCCGCUUACCUGCUCAAUCCCGUCGUUGAUCGGCUUGUCUUACUCGCUGAGCUGCCGCAGAAGGCCAGGCGGGGCAUCGCGGAGAUCAAGGGCAAGGGCAAAGCGAGGAAUGACGGCGUACAAGAAGUGGCGGGGCAGGCUGAACGACUCCUCGCAACUUGGAUGCGGGUAGUAGGAGAAGAGGAGGCGCUAAGCUUUGUAAGGCGGCUGUCUCCGAGGGCAGACCGGCGUGACGAGGAGGGGGAGAAAGCAAGAGCCUACUUCGAUGUAGACCACGAGGAGGAAGUGGUACUGCGUUGGGGUGUCCCUCCUACAACACCUGCCCAAACAGUCCCGCCCGAUCUCCUCGCUGGUUUAUCCACUGGCCUCAAAGGCGAAGGAGUCGGUGACGACGAUGACGAUGCACAGAUGCAAGCUCAGCUGCGCAUCCUCCACCAGACACUAGGAAGCUCAAGCAAUUCCUCCUCCUCGGCAAUAUCCCCGACUCUGAUCACCCGCCUCCUCUCCCAGUCCAACCGACGGGAUAUAGCCUCCCUCCUCCUCCCUGAACUGCUGGAACGCUUCCUCUCUCUCAAGCGACUACAACGACUCGACAACCACCAUAGAGAUGGAGGCGUGGAGGAUGUGGACGUGAGCGUGCACUCGGGAGCGCCACAGCGUCUCUUCUGGUAUCUCGAGGCAGUAGUCAGCUUAGUGGACACGUUCGGCGAGGACUUGGUUAGGCAUGACAUGAGGCAGGCACUGCAAUUUGCGCAUUACUGUCUGGGCGGGGAUGCCCCGCCGACGAGGCAGCUGCGAUCAGCAGAGCAGCGUGAGGCUGGUGAGGAAGAGGAGGAGGAGGAGCAGCAGCAGCAGCAUGGUGACGGAGGGGCGAUUCCCCUCAUCAAGCCCCUCAACGAGAAAGGCUCGUCAAGGGGCAUUCUUCAUGAAUUGCGGAAUCUCUCCCUCGACUCUUCCAAUACGUCGUUACACGAACACCUACAGGGUGCAGGGGGAGACGAGAGUCAAGAAGAAGACGAAGAACCUCUCGACCCUGGCCUUACGCGUAUGGCUGUUGAGCUCUUGCUGAGCACACUGGAAGCUCACACGGACUUGACGCCUCAAGGUAAUGCGUUGCUCGGUCUGAUUGACCGUACCCUCACAUCUCGACGCUUCGAUCUCGACGCCAUUGAUUCCCUCGAGGACGCUGACGCUGAGCUAUCCGAAGUGAUCAAGGAAGCUCGCCUGGUCCUCCUCGCCCGUCGGCAGGCAGGCGUAGGGAAAAAGGAGAAGGAGGAGCCCGAGAGGAUCGAGACUAUAGGGAGCCGAGCGCGCAGAGAGGUACAGGAGAAGUACAGAGAGGCCCUCUCGGCUUUGCAGGACCCGAUCAUCCCCGUACGGGCACACGGGAUCGUCCUACUCAAGGAGCUCGCCGCUGAACUACAAGCCGCGUCACGUUCUAAGGACAAGAUGAUGCUCGCCCAGGAGGAUGAAGAGAGGCAAGCGCGAUUAGGUGCGAUUGAAGGCCUGCUCGACAAGACGGACUUGAUCGCUCUGCUACUCCAGGCACUGGCCGACGACGAGUCCUACCUGUACCUCCACGCCGUCCAGGCCUUGAAGGACGUGGCGCUCCGUGGCGAUUCUCGUCUCACAACCCUUGUAAGGAUGUACAUCGACGCUCCGGCUUCGACCUCCAACGGGUGCGCGCCCACGCCGACGUCCUCGCAGACAAAGCUAAGCGUGACCGUCCGGCUGCGGUUGGGCGAAGUGCUUCUGCACACCAUCCAGUCCCUAGGCGAGGCAGGGGCAAGGUAUUCCCCCUUGUUCCUCCCCUCGCUCCUCGACGCGCUCAGGGAUGCAAGUCAACCUACCACGCUGCGCUCCUCUGUGCUCAGCUUGCUCGGAACCUGUGUCGAAGCUUUCCCCCUCGCCCUCUGCGCCAGGGGCGGGGCUGGGGCGUCCUGGUCUCAAAGGAUGGGCGAGGCGGCGUUGGAUCUUCUUGCUGUUGAAGGCGGGAAGAGGUCGACCAUACCGGAUUCCGCCUCGCUGGGCCUUGAUCCUCUAGCAGAGGACAAGGAUACCGAGAUGGAGAAGCGUCGCCUAGGCUGGGCACCGGGAGCGGACGAUGCGUUUUCGACUGACACCUCGUACCCGCAGCUCCGUCGAGGAGCGAUGUUGCUGUUGUGUCUCUUAGUGAGGGGUUCGCGACAUCAACUCGAGGACUGUGCGGAGGCACGUCACGACGAGAGGAAGGUGGAAGGGCCGGAACUCAAGAGUCUACGACUUCCCUCUGGCGGGACACUCCCCUCUUUGCGCAGCGAUAUCGGUCAGACAAAGACGAACCCGGCCAGGGAAAAGCCGGCCCUUCUUUUCCCCGCCACACUGAUCCCACGAGCGAAAGUUGUAUCCAGCUGGCUCAAAGACGCGGAUGAGGAUGCGCUGGUGAGAUAUCAGGCUGAGGAGAUGGGGACGGAGUGCGAGGGACUGGAGAUUGCGAUCGUACAGUUUGGUCUUGGGUCGUGAUUCGGUCGAUCGACGCGGAUCGAUCCUUUCUACAGAAUCGCAUCACAUCGCAUCGCUUUGCUCGGUCUCCUCACCGCUUUCCCGCCCGUCUACACCAUCGCAUCCCUGCGUGCCCGCUCCUCGUCAUCCCUCCUCUCGAGCUCUACCGCCUCCUUGACCUGCUCCGCCACUGCCAUCAGCUGGUGGAUGAGUGCCGUGCGAUCCCACUGGCUCCGCUCCCGCCAGACCAAGUCGAAGGAGGCGGCGCGUAGUUGGAGUAGUUGGUCGAUGUUGA